AUGCCCCCAAGGGUUUUUACAACACCAGAUAAGAGCCAAGUCGAAUUAUUAGGUUUGCUACCCGCGGCGCAAAUGGGCAUCCCAAUAUAUGAUGAUCAUGUUGACGUGUCGGAUGAAGAGUUCCAUAAUAUAAAAGACGCAGUAAUAAAAGGUAGCCUUCCCUUCCCUCCCCCCCCCCCCCAUCACUCACUAGUUUCAAGCUACUAACUUCUAUGCAGCAAAAGGUCGAGCUUAUUGCCCCUACUCAAAGUUUAGGUACGCGAUAAAAUGGAACCCCCGUCCCCUUCAAUUUACAGACAAACCGCUAACAGAAACAUUAGAGUCUCAUGCACGAUUUUGA